AUGCUGAUACUGAUUGAGGAUAGCGAGCCCGAGGAGGACCCUAGCGAGGAUCCAGAGGAGAUGGAACAGGAUCCCGACGAGGACCGUAGAGAGGAUCCAGAGGAGAUGGAACAUGAACCCGAAGAAGAAACGAAGUCUGAAGCAUACGAGUCUGCAGGGGAUGUGACCCUUAUAAAAGCAGAACCUGUUGCAUCACGACCACCUAUCUCUUACUACCUUAUCUCUUACUACCUUAUCUCUUACUACCCGGGCUCAAGGAUACCUCGUAAUCGGAAACACGCACAUAAGACCAUUUCCAUGUGUGGAGGCAUUAAGAAGAAACCUAGGAUGCGAGUUCCCAAAUUUCAGAGUCUCACAGGGAACUUUCACCCAUACCACAUUGCCCCUGUCGAGCCUACAUGGAACCUUGUGCCCCAAAGAUCAGGGGGGACCCAUCAGUUUGAGGCAGGGCAAUAUUCGGGGACAAAACCCCCAACCACCACUGAGGAGGAUAUUUUGUCGCUCUUGUUUAACCAUACCAUGCAGCUGGGCCACAUGGUUGAGUCUAUGGGUGACGAGAUGUAUACUAUCGGAGGCAACGAUGUCCUACGAGCCAGACAGAUAGAGGAGAUGAGAGCUCAUGGGGGACGAGACCAAGAGGACAUGAAGAGAGAUUGA